GUCAAAUUUCUUUCCUCUCGUAAACCGUCAAAACAACCAUUUUAAAAGGAAGAAAUCCCAAAGAAACAUCCCAUGAACUAUCAUGGAAAAAACACCAACCCUCAUUUACAUCUACAUCUACAUCUCUCCUAUAUAUAUUACACGAAACCCAAAUCAAUUUGCUAAUGCCAAAAUAGAAAAAUGGGUUACUUAAAAAGAUCAAAGCAAGAAGCUACGGCUACUAAAUCUAAGCCAGAUGGUAAGUGCAAAAAGCAUCCAAAACACAAGCAAUCGCCAGGCGUUUGUUCUGUUUGUUUAAAUGAAAAGCUUUCUAUGCUUUCCUCUUCAAGUUCACGUACAGCAGUAAUGGAUUAUGCUUCUUCUUCUUCAGCUUCUUCGUUGUCUGCAUAUUCGACUACUUCUUGUUCUUCUUGUUCCUCUCCAAUGCAUCGCUUUCGAUUUACUACAGAAGGGAAUAAUCACAAGGGGUCUUUAUCUUUCUUAUUAAUAAGUGGCAAGAAUGUGCUUACUAAGAGUAGAUCGUUGGCUUUUGUCCCAAGAAACAGAGGUAAUAAAGAAAGAGCGAGUCAUGAUGAUGAUAAGAAAAAAGGUGGGUUUUUCUCUAAGUUGCUACGUCGACCAAGAACUAACAAGAGAGCAGAACAAGGUUUAAUGCACUCUAGGUCUAUGAGAGAAAGGGUUAUGAGCAUCUCGAGGGUUAACUGAUUGGUUACGAUGAUGCAUCUCUAGUUUCUUGAUUCUUUUUUUUGUUACCGUUUGUUCUCGACUUUUGUGAGAUUAUUUAGAUUUUGGUUUUUAGAUUUUUAUAACAAAGAAGAACAAAUGAAAAUAGAUAUAAAAGCAGAAAGAUUGAUACUUGAUAUGCAUGUAUUUUUUGUUUAUACGUGUGUGUAUGAAUUAAUUAAUUAUCACACGCAAAAUCAGUACAUAUAUGCAGAAAAAGAUAAACUAGUUCUUGUA